CAUGAUGGUAGAAAAACGCAAUAAACGAAGGAUGGACUCGUUGGGCAUAUAGUUUAUAAAAGGGCUAUGCUGCAUCCUCAAUGGUGUUUAGUAUUAAAUACGCCUAGGCGGUGAUAGCACUUACAUUCACUGAGCAAGAAGAUGUUCCGAAUAUUAAAAUUGGUAUUACUGGCCGCAGCGACGAACUGUGCACCAGCCACAUUUCUGCCGUUUGCAGCACCAUUCGCUCAGCCAUAUUUCUUCAUUGGACCACAACCUCAAAGUCACUUUCAAUAUCAACCAUUGCUGAAAAUUCAACAACCAGCAGUACCAGCUGCUAAAAUCGAUUCACCGAAAAAUCAAUAUAUUUUCUUGUAUCCAAAUGCACCACAAUUUCCCCUAGUGGCAUUGAGACAAGAAGAAGGUAAUACUCCGGAUUUCUUCCAGCAAAUAAACAAUUGGUGGAAUGACUUUCAAUCGGGCUUAACGCAAAAUCCAUCUGGAGAACAGCCUGCUGAACCAGCGCCAGGGAACACGGAAGGUAAAAUGGAAAUGGCCAUGGCAGAGAAAAACAUGGGGAACAUGCAAUCGUUAUUGCCUGCCUCAACAAUGUCGUUGAACAUGAACAAGCAACGUUUUUACUUAAUAAACAGUCUGCCACAAUUUUACGCACCACUUCCUGCAGCUACCAUAGCCAAUCCUAUCCUUACGAUCCAACCACUUAAAGCACGUUCCGCGAUUGAUUCAAUUCCAGCCGAAAAUGAGCAAGUUGAACAAAUUCGUGCCCAGGAUGUGGAGUCUGUUCAGCAGCCAGCUGUAGUGCAACCUAUCCCACAAAUACAACUCCGCAGUAAUAUUGUCGAGCCAUUACAACGUCUAGAAAUUAACCAGCCACAGGUACCGGUCGUUGACAAUGAACCCGUUCCAGAGAUGGCUUCCGAACAAAUAGCUAGAUUUUUGGAAGAAGCUGCUCCAAAUACCGUAAAGAUUAAUGAGAACGAAUCCAAUCAAUUACGAGCUGGGGAACCUUUGGAAGAUAUGACGAGUACUGCGCUAGCAAAUCCGUCUGGAAUUGCUAUAUCAGGUAAAGGAGGACUGUCAUCUUCGUCACCGGUAGCUACUGCCGUCACCGGUGAAAGUGGAACGGCUCAAGCAUCACCAACUGCCAUUUCAUUGUCGGGAAAUUUCGAAAACGAGGAAAUGAAAUUGAAACAAACGGAACCAUUUGCUCCGCUUUAAGACUGAUUAGCUUAUGUUGUUUGUAAGACUGCUCUUGUGAUCUCCUUGCUGUCCCGUUUCAUUUCAUUGCAAGAAACUAGAUUCUGGUUUCUUAUUACUUUUGUUUUUUUUUUAGUAAUUUCAGGUAAAAUGGUGUUGGGUAAAAUUCAUUUUUAGUUUUUAAUUGAAAGAGUAACAAAUUCUGCUAAACACAGGGCCGGAUGAUGUUUCCGUUUUACGUAGCUACAAACGGUCAUCACUAUCCAUUUAGUUUCUUAGUUUCGCUUUUUUUUAAAACAUCAUCUCAUCAACAAAAAAAAUCAUUCCACUCAUAAAAAUGUUAUCAUCUUCAUUACCACUAUAACAA